AGCUUGGAAGUGAGAUUUUGAUAUAAAAUCAAAUUCAUUUAUUCUUCUUUGUUUGACCGUCAAAUCUUCUCUUCCUCUUGUUUAAGCUUUCAUGUAAAUUCAAGAAUCUACGUAUAAAAUGUUUCCAACCAUCUUUUCUAAUUUUGUUCUCUUUCGUAUGUAUGUAGUUGUAACGUGAUGGAGAAGUCAGGAGAAACUCCAAAAUGGGAAACCCUCGACAGAAACAUACUUUCAGUUAUCUUCAAUAAGCUCGACGCAAUGGACCUUAUCAUGGGAGCUUCACGCGUCUGCAUCUCUUGGUUCGUUGCCUCUCACGACAAAUCUCUGUGGCAAACCGUCGACCUCGCCAAGGUCCAACAAGUUGUCGUGUCUUACAGCCCAGAGUCCAGGGAUAAAGUACGACCAGUCGUCUUCUACAAUCACCGGGUGGACGACGAUGAAAUAGAAAGAGGCCUAAGCUUUAGGAAUGUUUUGGUUAACUUUUAUCAAUGUCUACAUGGUGAAGUGGAGAAAGGUAGGAGUCUCAGGGAAGUAUUGAUUGAGAUCACAAAGUUGAGCGACACGGCCCCGAAGAAUUUGUUCUUCAACUCUCAUUCUUAUAUAAAAGAGAAAGAUCUCAUGUUCGCUGCUCAAAGGCAAAUCUCAUAUUUACAACUGAAUCAUAAAGACAGGCACACAUCUUGCUUCCCAAGUUAUCUCCAAUAUAUCUCAUAACUCUUUUUGUUUUUGUUUAUGUUUUCCUAGGAUGCCAAACAUCGAGAAACUUGUUUUACCGCGUUGGUGCUAUCACAACAAGAAGUCAUUUCGUUUUGCGUUCAGUCGAUGGAAGAAUCUUAAAACACUGAUCAUUGCUCAUGAUCACAAUCUCAAUGGGGGAUUCGAGUUUCAAGCCGUGGGAGAGAACUGCAUUAACCUCACCAACUUGAAAUAUUUGGGUUAUUUGCAUGAAUACAAUGCUGAGCAAAUCGUGCGGUGCUUCCAGAAGCUCAAGAGGUUGAGUUUGCGUUGCUCUUUCCUCUGCGUUAGAGGAGUUUUAUCGCUAAUCACCGGCCUCCAAAACCACGUCAUCCUUAAUCUGACACACUGUGUAUUCCAUGACGUUGCUCUGCUUCGUCAAAAUGUACCUGCUAUCGGCCCAGUACCUAGUGACGAUCUUGUACAAGCAGCUACUCAGAAGCUUGACAAACUUAUCAAAUGUUCACACGAUUGCAGCUUCUGCAAAGCUUGGUGGGAGAGGCUUACAUUAACAUCUUUGGAUAAGUCUCGCUGGCAUCCUUAUGACAAGGAUUGGCGAAACGACGAGAUAGAAGAAUUUGUAUUUUAAGGGCUUUGUCCAUGUUUUGAGCAACUGAUCGAUUAUGUUUUGAGGUUGAAUUCUAUCUUUGACAUAUUACGCUAUAAAAAGCAUUGCCAUUUUAACCAAAAAGAGAAAAAAGAGGUUUGAAACUU